AUGGCGGCAGAAGCCAUCAUCAGAGCUCUCCGUGACGGAGCUUUAGAAGGCGAACACGCCCCUGCUCUCACUAUCGAGGACUCCAUCCACUCGCCUCUCAGUCCCUCUGUUUUCAAUCACAUCAUUGCUCACCUUUUCUCCAAUAUUUUCACCUCAAAAUCACAGCCACAAGGUAUUGUGCUUGUUGCUUUUUCUCGGAGUCCGCAGUUCUAUGCUGAGCUGUUGCAGAGUAAAGCAAACGACGUUACUUCGUUGAACCAAUGGGUGAGGAUUUUGGACUGUCAUACGGAUCCUAUGGGUUGGAAGACCAGGCUUGUCAAAAACGGAAUCAUAGCUAAUCCUUCCGUAGAAAUUGCAGCCCCUGUUAGCUUGUGUGAGAAUGUGAAGGACUUGGAUAAAGUAUUUUCUUCCAUUGUUGAACUGGGAAGAGAAUUUGUUAAAGACAAGAAAGGAAGGUUUGCAGUUGCUAUAGACUCGGUUAGUGAGAUCUUAAGACAUGCUUCCACUUCCUCAACUGCUUCUCUCUUAAGCAACCUUCGUUCUCAUGACCAGAUUUCUUGUGCAGUAUGGUCUGUACAUUCGGACCUUCAUGAAAAGAAGACUUUGUCAGCUCUUGAGUACAUGUCUUCCAUGGUUGGCAUUGUAGAGCCAAUAAGCCAAACAACUACUAGCCAGGGAAGUAAUUAUGAUAACCUUCCACUGAUGGAACAAAAUUUUGUGAGGGGAAAGUUCUCUGCACGUUUCAAACGAAGAAACGGGCGUAUCAGAUUGAUGCUUGAAGAGCUUCACGUUGAGCCAACUGGCAUCAAAUUUGUGCCUUCUUCUCAAGAUGACCUAAUAUCUCAAAGCCUUGUACCUAAGGUACAAUUCAACUUACAGCUGUCAGAAAAGGAGCGAAAUGACCGUGCAAAAGUUGUUCUUCCAUUUGAGCACCAGGGAAAUGGCACGCCCAUUCAGAUAUAUGAUGGCCGGAAAUCUCUCAAUGAGAGCAAUCGCGAGAACAAAGAUUAUACAGUCCAUAAGCAAACUGAGGACGCUGGUCGGGGUGAGAUAACAUAUUUUAGAGACUCAGAUGAUGAGAUGCCAGAUUCUGACGAGGAUCCUGAUGAUGAUUUGGACAUCUGA